GUUGAGCAUCAGAAACUCACAGUGUACGACGGUCUCAUCAGCGGCCACCCUUGCCAGCCUUUCUCCAAGCAAGGCAACGAGCUCUUGUUUUCGGACGAGCGCACGAACGUGCUGAAGGGGAUCACCCAGUGCAUCUCGCACCAGGCGAACCACCCGUGCUCCAUUUUCAAGUUCUUCAUUUUGGAGAACGUGCUGGGCUUCGCACAGAAGCGCAAGACCUCCGACGCCGACUCCUUCCCGACGUCUUGCCUAGAUGAGGUGAUGGAGCUUCUGAAGAACGAGCUGGGUCCGUCGUGGGAUGUGUGGUUCUGGAAGGUGGACGCUAGCCGACACUCGCUUCCUCAGCAGCGUGAGCGGAUCUACUUAGUCGGACGCUUGGCCAUGCGAUUCAAGCGCCACCACCCUGAGUUCAAUCCAGAGACUAUCAUGAUAAAAAGGAUCUCGUUGAGGCAGAUUCUGGACCCUACGCUCCCGAGCCAGACCCACAAGCUCACCGAGAUCAUGACAAAGAAUCUCGAGAACUACAAGCUAGCAGCUACGAGGAGCCUUUCGCUGCCGACUAUGCCUACAGAGUUCGGAGACGUGGUCCUCGUGCGUGAUCUUUCCCGCGGCUUCGACAAGGUUCGCAGGCCCUCGUGGGAGCUUGACGUGACACCCACCAUCAUGACGCACAAUGAACUGUGGGUGUGGGGGCUCAGUCCCACUCUGCCGAGGUACGACAGGAAGAUCACCUCCUACGAGAGAGCGAUGCUCCAUGGAUUCGCUCAAGACAUCGUUGACCGCUUCGACUCGUUCAAAGCCGCCAACCGCGCGAUCGGCAACGCCACGGCGGUUCCGGACAUCGGCCUGGUGGUGGCGUGCUUGCUGGCAGAUCUCAUUGCCUGGAG